AUGAAGCCUAAGUACUGGUUCAACUUUGAUUACCAAGAAGAUACCAAGACCAUUGGUGGCUUCCCAUUGAGAAUCACCGAGGGAUAUGGCGCCAACCGCAAGCACGGAUUUGAAAUUGACUUGACCUCCAAGUACCCUGGUGUCAAGAUUAUGAUUGGAACCAUGAAGGAAUUCGUUAAGAUUGAAUUCAUUGGUGCCUCUGUCGAAGCCUUUGGCAGCGCCGUUGGUAUGUUGGGAGACUUCGAAACUGGAAAGACCUUUGCCCGUGAUGGAGCUACUGUGUUGGAUGAUUUCAACGACUUUGGAAACGAAUGGCAAAUCCAACCAUCGGACAACAUGUUGUUCCAUGACAUUUCGAAUCCUCAGUUCCCCAAGCGUUGCGUUCUUCCUGAAGAUCCUCAAGGACAACGUCGCCGCCUUUUGACCGAGGCCUCCGUCAGUAUUGAAGAUGCCGAAAAAGCAUGCGCCAGUCUGACCGAUGCCAUCGACCGCAAGGAUUGUGUUUAUGAUAUCAUUGCCACUCAAGACAUGGACAUGGCCGGUGCCUAUUAG